CAACCGGAAGUUGGAGAUUGAUUAUUGUCACUAUGGUGAUAAUGUACAUGGCUUCCUGUACGGUGUAAUAUUUUCUAUAAACAAUCAUUCUAACAACAGGAGGGCAUUUAACUUCACAGAUAAUAUCAGACAUGGCAGCGGAGAUUAUGUCUCAGAAUCCCUUCGCUUACACAGCGACAGGAGAACUUGGAGAAAACAGAGACACGAUGCUAAGCAAUGAAUUGUUGUUAAGAACACAAUUAGGAAGACCCAAAAGAAGAGGAUACAGCUCGGCUCCACCAGACCAUUUUGUUUACGGUCGACCCCUAGAACCCCGUCUAGGAGGUGCUGAUGAUGCUUUACAUGGAUGGCCGCCAAUGAGACCAAACAUGGCAACAACAACACUGCCCUUCAGCCGUAAGGAGAAGAAAACUGACCGAGAUUUCAUGGUAUUGAACAAAGCUGCUGUACAGGCUGGUCUCGUCACUUCAUCAGAAAACUACAAAUUCAGAGCAACUCAUGAUGUAAGGAGGAAGACAGCUGGCGAUGAAAACACACGAAGCCGUACACGAAGGAUACCCCCCACAAUGGUGUUUGGAAUCUCCACAAGACCUUCUACACCAAUUUUUGACCUCCUAGAACACAAAUACCAAGAUAAGUGGUUGAUGUCUCGUCGUCAAAUGGAGCUCACAAAGAGACAAGAAGAGUCCAAGAGUGCGUCCAAUAUACCUAGAUCAGCAGGAUUUUCCAGUACAUUGAAGCAACGAAGAAACCCUAAUACAGUGUACGAGACACGAGCCUCCCUGCUGAGAACAUACCAAAACCCUGUUGAUGAAGCUCCACUUUGGCAGUUACCGAAGUUCAAGAAAAAUGCCAAGCCAUCUCUACAGACAUUCCGCUCAGAUCCUGCUAGAGUAUCUGGCUAUGAACAUUUCGAAUCCGAUCAAAUAUCCCGAAAGGGUAAACUUGGUCAUGGAGUAUAUGAAUCUGCCAAGAACUGAGGAUUAUUCACACUAGUUUUAACGUCCGUCAUAUCUGUGUACAUUUAGCGUUUUAUUACAGCACAUAUAUAAAAUAAUGCUUAUGGCAUGCAAACAAUGAUCAUGGACAACUCAAAAAAGCAUGCAUGCUUAUAUAUUUAUAUCAUCCAGAGAAGAUAACUUUUCACAAGCAAUUAUGAAAUCCUCGAAUACGUUUCAGUAUUAACACAAAAUAUUUUAAUGUGAAGACAGCAUUGUUGAACUCCUGCUAUAUUUAAAUCUCUGUGAUCUACUGCGAGAUACCUCGUGUUUGAUAUGAUUAAGACAUGCUUUGGUGUAUAUAUGUUUUUCUUGGUUAUCAUUUUAUUUAUUUGUUUUUGUUUUGCUUGCUUAUCCAUGCCAGAAAUGGUGAAGCUAAUAAAAGGUAAAUGUGUUCAUUUGAUGUUAUUUUUCAUUGAAUUCCUGGUAUUGAAAAUAACAUUUCAAAUGUUCUUCAUGAAUAAAUCGGAAUGAUUUCUACUUCCGUGUUGACACAUCUUUUAUAAGAAAUACAUUUAAUUAAGGUCUAUUAAGACAUACUGUUAGUUUCAUAUCUGUGUGAUUAUGUUGCAUUUUUCUCGUUAUACAAUGAUAAACAGUUGUAUAGAUAUCUUCAAAGAUUAGGGGCGUUGGCCUGGUAAGUAGAAUGUUAGGUAUAUUACUUUCGUUAUGUGAUCUGUUACAGUAGUGUAAUAUCCUUACCAAAGUUAAAUAAGUGCUAGUCGAAUUGAAGAUUUUUAUUUUAAUCAAUGGCAUCAAUGUAUUAUUUACUUUUACGUAGAUUUUCUAAAUAUCGUGCGAAUGUGCAUUUCUUAUAGUCUGUAUAGAUACUUUAGUGGUGAAAUGAAAAGAAUAAAAUCAGUAUUCUAAUUUGUACUUAAUCUUGCCUUUAAAAAAAGUUAAUUCCUUUUAUGAGAUUUUAAUAAAUCUUAUAUUUUCUUUAACGUAUUCUCUAUUUAAGAAAUACAGAUGAAAAUUAUUUUAUCCUAUUUAGUAUUUAACAGUUACCUUUCGUUUUCUUUACUUCGGAAUUCAAGAUUUCCGUGUAUUUAUUUAUGAAAUUAUUAAGUUUCAGCUUCCGUAACACUCAAAAACGUGAUGGAACACAAUGUAAUAUGUAUAUGUCAAUGAAAGUUUUGGAUUUUAUUUUGGAAGAUAAAGAAGAAUUUCAAAUUUAUUAUACUUGUCAUCGAUUGAAACUCGCAACAUGGAGGCCUGAAAACAAAUGCAGAUUUGAUUAAGCUUAUUCAAGGCUGAACAAGAAUCUCCUGUAGAUAUUUAACUGUUUACUUUCUCCCAGUCAUGUUUCCUAGAAUUGUUGCUUGUUUUUGUUGCGCCUGUACACCAUACAGCUUGCUGCUUGCACCUGUCUGUGAUAACCUUUGCACAAUGUCCUUGUGCAUAUUUUUAACCACUGUUGAAAUACAUUUGUUCACGUAAUUAUUUGUACAAAAUACGUCAUAUUUGAGUGAAAUAAAAACAAUGGAAACUGUUUUACAACAA